AUGAGGAACCUCGUCGUCGCUGUCUUUGCCGCUGGCGCCUCUGCCUGGACCUACGCCCCAAACAUCACCUACUCGGCGGCAAUCUCGAUCAAUGCACUCCAGACAUAUCAGACGAUGAUAGGAGGUGGAUGUUCAGGCGCAUUUGGUAUUGCAUGCCACCAAUUUGGGUCUGUGGGACUGUCUCCGGCCAACCAGGAAAUUGUCACCCAGAUCCUCUUUGACGAGAACAUUGGAGGAUUGUCGAUUGUUCGCAAUGACAUCGGCUCGACUCCAGGCCAUGUCCCUGGCGACGUCGCAUCCAUCCUGCCAGUUUGUCCGCCGACGCCAGAAGGACCGUUCAACUAUGUGUGGGACCGAAAUGACACAUGUCAGCUGCAACUCACACAGACGGCGCUCAAGUACAACCCCAACGUCUAUGUAUAUGCCGAUGCAUGGUCAGCUCCUGGAUGUAUGAAGACGGUUGGCACCGAGGACGAAGGCGGUCUCAUCUGCGGUGUUAGAGGCAGCACCAACUGCAGCGGCGAUUGGAGACAAGCAUAUGCCGACUAUUUGGUGCAAUACGUCAAAUUCUACGAGCAGGAAGGUAUCGAAGUCUCGUUGCUCGGUGCCUACAAUGAACCGGACUUCAACCCCGUCACUUACGCUUGUAUGGAGUCGGACGGUUACCAGGCAAAGGACUUUCUGGAGUUCUUGUAUCCGACAGCAAAGGCGGCAUUUCCUAACAUCAGUGUUGCGUGUUGUGAUGCGACUGGUGCCCGACAGGAGAGAAAUAUUUUGUAUGAACUGCAACAGGCUGGCGGAGCUGACCUGUUCGAUGUUGCCACAUGGCACAACUACCAGAGCAAUCCAGAAAGACCGUUCAACUCGAACGGAAAGCCAAAUUUGAUGACCGAGUGGGCUGAUGGUUCGGGACCAUGGAAUGCCAACUGGGAUGUAUCCGGACAACUCGCCGAGGGAUUCCAAUGGGCAAUGUACAUGCACAACGCCUUUGUCAACUCCGACACAUCGGGCUACACGCACUGGUGGUGCGCGCAGAACACGACCAACGACAAUGCGCUGAUUCGACUCAACCACGACAGCUACUUCGUAUCGGCGCGACUGUGGGCAUUUGCAUCAUAUUUCCGCUUCGCGCGCCCAGGCUCCGUGCGCAUCGGGGCGACGAGCAGCGCCGAAAACGUCUAUGUCAGUGCGUACGUCAACACGAACGGCACCGUGGCCAUCCCCGUCAUCAACGAGGCCCAUUUCCCCUACCAGCUGACCAUCAACCUGAGCGGCGUCAAUGCCUCGACGGCCACGGCGUAUCUGACCGACAACGAGCACAAUGUCACCAUGGUGGGACAGACGCAGAUUGGCGGCGCCGUGUUCGAGGCGACGAUAGAGCCGCGCGCCGUCAAGACGUUUUUCCUGAGCUAG